GUGACGUCAUACACUUUUUCGUCUAGUUUUAACAACACGUCUUGGACUGAUUAUUUGAACGUAUACUCUGGAUCAAUCAAGAUAUUUCCGGGAAAUUACGACCAUGAUAGCCAUGUGACUCACACGCUUGCUAGGCCGAUAGUUGGACGCUCUUUUCGGAUCUAUCCAAAGACCUAUCACGUUUACUUUUCUUUGAGGAUGGAACUAUAUGGGUAUGGACCUCUAACUGAUGCUAUAGCGUCGCUGAACCUCGAUGCGAAACUUGGUUGCACUCCUCCUGUCCUCGGCGAGGGGCUCGGCGUGGAAGAUGGUCGGAUACCAGACUCUAGUCUGACCUCGUCAUCGUUCUACGGUUCCACCCAUGAAGCUUACAGAGGAAGGCUGAAUGAAGUUCCCGUUGCAGAAGUAUCCGCCGGUGCGUGGAUCCCCGCCCCUGGUGACAACACUAAGUGGAUAAAGGUUGAUCUCGGCAAGGAUACUUUGGUAACUGGUGUUAUCACACAGGGAAGGUCCAUAUUUAUCCAAAGGAUGACGUCAUUCCAAAUCUCCUACUCAAGGGAUAACACAAAUUGGACCUUUACUCUGGAAGAGCAGUGUGGAGUACGACAAACAUAUGCAGGAAAUUAUGAUGCUGCCUCAACUGUGACCAUAGUGUUUCCUGAGCCAGUAACCACACGGUACGUCAGGUUUCAUCCUGUAACAUUAAUUGGACCUGGGGCUUUGAGAUUCGAAGUACUUGGUAUUAACAAUUGAACCUUUUAAAAUCCAUAGCUUUAUUCGUAUUCGGACUUUCACUAUGACUUUCUUAACUGCUUCUAUCUGUUGUGUUCUUUAAAUUUAUAAAAAAAAACUUAUUAUCAGGAUGGAUGUUCAUUUUAAACCAGAAUGUAGAUGUUCGAUGAAAGUAGUAAAAUCUAAAAGUCAACGAGGAGGAUUUUUCAGUAUGAGAAAAAGUCGUUUUUCCCCCUGAAUCAUUCAGACGCGAAUUGGCAGACUGAGAUAAACCACCAAUUUCCCGAUCGCCAGUGGUUGUCGUUUCGGUGAUUACAGUGUGUCAGACAGCUGGUAUGCGCCCCGUCCGGGUUCAUGCUGUCAGGUUGCGUUUGAUCCAGAUAGCUUCCUGAAUCCUACUCGCCCAAUCUUGGUUCUCUCUCGCUACCAGCCGCGUGUCAUCCCAGACUAUAACGUGAUUUUAUCUGACCGUGUGAUUUGUUACAGAUAAAUGUUCCUUUUGAAUGUAAUAAAAGAACUCUAAAAUCAUUAUCACAACCAUCCUGAUGAAACUCUUUCAUAAUGGACUUUCAUGAUUGUUUUUGUAGAUUGAUUCAAUCUUUAUUCACUUGAAAAAUAAUGUAAAUAUAACGUUUGAUUUGUAGAGGUGUCGAAGUCGGGUUGCUUAAUCACUUGACUGGGAAUGCGGAGGUCGUUGGUUCGAACUCCUGCACGGCAGUUAUGUCCUUGAGCAAGACAUUGUAUAUACAUUGCUCCUCUCCACCUAGGUUUUAAAUUAGUGACCGGUAGGAUACACAGGUAAAAUGGCGACCAGCUGGAUUGCUCCACAGGGAGUAGAGACUGUGCACAUUAAUGUGUGGAAUAGUAAUUGAAUCCAAUGACCGGGGCAAUAUUAAUAUUCUACGCGAUUUGAAACAUUAUAACUGGUAAAGCGCUUUAGAAAAAAAAAAACAGUUAUUAUUAGUAUGGUUAUUUUUUAUUAACAUGUCUUUAAUACCAACAUACCAUUAUUUGUCCAAUUAUAAAGGAAAGGAGAUUAUUAUUAUAGAAGAGUAUUUAUGUUCAAUUUGUCUAAAUGAUUAUGCCACUGCUUAAGUCUAUUGCAUUGUUUACUAGCCCAGUAUGCCGACGGUAUUGCACUUGACCAAACACCACCACCAUUCAUUUCAAAGUGCAUUUGUUAGAGUAAGCACUUUCUGUUCAGCGCAUGUUUAAAUACAUAUGCUAUGUUAUAAAACAACUGACAAUGUUAUGUUGACAUUACAGGAAUUUCACUUAUACAUGAAUGUAUAAGUUAAUAUGGUAGGUUUGAUGGGAACUACAGAAUUGAAAAUGAUUGUAUGAGUAAAGGUCAAUUAAUUCAACUUGGUUAUUAGACAUGUUUUAUUUUUAAGUGGAAGAUGUAAGAGGUGUUGCGCCACCUCGUGCCGGAGACAGGAAGGGAUAUGUAUGAUGUGUUCAAAUUUAAUAGUUAUUUUUAUCUUGUUUAAUAGAUGUGGAUUAAACUAAAUUGAAUUGAAUUGAAUCAUCUGUAUUGUAUUACGUGUAUAACAUAAUGGCUUGUUCAGACACAGAUAAUGUAUGAUGUGUUUAUUAACAUUUAAUUGCUAUUUUUUAUCUUUUUUAAUAGAUGUGGAUUAAACUAAAUUUAAUUGAAUUAAAUCAUCUUCAUUGUAUUACCUGCAUAACAUAAUGGAUUGCUCAGACACAGAUAAUGUAUGAUGUGUUCAAAUUCAAUUGGAUUUUUUUUUAAUUUAAACGUGAACUAAACUAAAUUGAAUUGAAUUGAAUAACCUAUAUUGUAUUACCUGUAUAACAUAAUGGCUUGCUCAGACACAGAUAAUGUAUGAUGUGUUCAAAUUUAAUUGCUAAUUUUUAUCUUUUUUAAUAGAUGUGGAUUAAACUAAAUAGAAUUGAAUUGAAAUUUCUUCAUUGUAUUACCUGUAUAACAUAAUGGCUUGUUAAGACACAGAUAAUGUAUGAUGUGUUUAAAUUUAAUUGCUAUUUUUAUCUUUUUUAAUAUAUGUGGAUUAAACUAAAUUUAAUUGAAUACAAUCAUCAGACAAAGGACUUGCAUUUUUAACAGAUUUUAGAAAAGCAUUUGAUUGUCUUAGUUGGGAUUUCCUUUUUGAAUGUUUACGGAAAUUUGGAUUUAAAAAUGAAUUUUGCAGAUGGGUCAAUACUCUGUACAAAAAUGUUAAAAGCAGUGUCAAUGUAAACGGUUGGUUAACACAG